AUGAACCACUACCCGCAAGCUUGGGGUCGACCCUGUGAUGAUGUCUAUGGGCCGUACGACCAGUCGUAUCUCCAACAAUCCCAGCCGAUCACGCACACACAGUCUCCCGCCGUCACUGGCACCUCAGUAAUAGGCGUCAAGUUCAAGGAUGGCGUCGUGCUGGCAACGGACAACCUAGCAUCUUACGGUUCCCUUGCUCGCUUCACGGAUGUCAAGCGCCUGCGAACGUUUCCGCCUUCUACCGCCGUCGGCUUUGGCGGUGAUGUGUCAGACAUGCAGUAUCUCGACCGUCUUCUCGCCUCCCUUGAUAUUCGCGAGAACUACCUCUCAUCCACCGAGCACACUCUCAAUGCUAAGAACAUCCAUACCUAUUUGUCAAAAGUGCUUUACAAGCGCCGCACCGACUUCAACCCACUGUGGAACCAGCUGCUGGUCGCAGGGUUCGACGACUCUGGCGCUCCAUUCCUCGCCUCUGCGGAUCUCCUCGGCACGACCUUCAGUGCGCCGACGCUAGCGACUGGCUUUGGUGCACAUCUCGCACAACCGCUGUUAAGGAAACUGGUGCCUCGUGAUGAGGAGAGCGUGCCGUUUGUGACGCGGGAACAGGCGAUCAAGGCGGUACAGGAGUGCAUGAAAGUGCUUUUCUACAGAGACGCGAGGAGCUUGGAUCGAUAUAGUAUGGCUAUCGUCACAAAGGAUGGUGUGGAGCUGAAUGAGGAGGAGCGUCUGGAAGACCAGAGCUGGGCAUUUGCCGAGCAAAUUCGCGGCUAUGGGACGCAAACUGCUUAG